AUGUUUGUUAAUUUAAAAAUCUUUCAGAUAGAAAACAACCCUAAAAGCGAUUUCGCCAAAUCUUGUUCAAAUAAAGGUCCUGAAAGGCACGGAAUUGAAUUUCGCGUCUUUGCGACCAGAGUUGGGUUUAAGAUUUUUAAAAAAGAAGGACGUUAUCAAAUAACAUAUCGUGUUGAUGUGAUUAUUGGAUUUUCGUUUUCUGAACAUACGUAUAACUUUAUUAAUUUUUUAUAUAUACAUACAUAUAAAAAUCGUAGGAUUAAAUUCGGCAAAAUAAUCAACGCAACAGGAAAAUAUUUAAGCGAUGGGUCCUUAUUUCCUUUAGAUUUAGAGGAAAUAUCAGCUACACUCUUAUCAAUUUCAAUUGGAAACUCUGAAAAUAACUUUGCAGUUUUUAUUGAUGAGUUAAAUAAUGUAGUUUAUGAUUAUAGUAGAAUUGUCCUAGCGGAUUUUGGAGAAAGAAAUAUGAAAGAAAUUUUGAAUAAGGAAGGAGCGCUUGCCAUGGUCGGUCCAGAUAUGAAUUUAAAUGAUGAACAGAUUGAUGCGAAUAAUAUAGACAUUUUAUAUGUGUCACAAAAAGGGUGCGAGACAAUACUUAAUCUUGAAUUAAAUGGAGAAAGGAUGAAUGAAAGAUUUGAUUGUUAUAAGCGACCGAGAAAUUUGUGUGACAUUCUCGGUUUGGAGAAAUUCAAAGAAUUAAACAGUUCUUUUAACGAAUUAAAAAAAUUAAAGAAGACUUGUCCUUGUCGUGAUGAUGAACCUCGUCCUUCACACAUUGUAAAAAUAAAUUUAAUGUGUUUUUUUAAAUUUAUUUUAGCAUAA